AUGAGCGACCAGUUCACGGGGGACCAACAGCACAUGGCGCACAGCAGCCAAGGGAGCUUGGAGACACAGGACAAUGCGGAUGAGAGGCAGGAGGAGGACUACCUGACUGUCCCCAGUCCCAGGAUCCGUUUCCGGAGUACCACCAGCCAGGACCCGGACCAUGAGGAACUCCCUUUCCGGGUGCCCCUGAUCGAGCUGCCCCCCACAGACGUGCCUGGAGAGGAGCCGGUGGUGGACAUCAGGGUCUUCGAUGAUGCUGUCGUAGAGCAGGAGAAGGCGUUGGACAAAGACAUAGAGGAUGAGGUGACUCAGAUGAGCCAGCUGUCCAUCUCGAGGCGUGUCCCCAGCACCCCUGUGGGCAGGAUGUCCAAGAGACGAAGGCUUGUGGACCUGGCAAAACCCAAGACUAAUUGGCAAGUUAUAAAGAACAGGCCCUCCGUGUACUGGACGGAGCAGUUUCUCAAAGACUCCACCCUGUCGGUCACUUUACCAGCUGUGAGCCAUCGAGUGGAGGAAUUGUCUCGGCCGAAGAGGUUUUAUUCAGACUAUUACAGUAACUGCAGAAAGUCCGCCAUCUGGCCCGUGUCCAGGCCCGCCCUCCAAUACCGCGCGUCCUGCCGCCUGCGGGAACUCGCCACCCCUCGAGUCCGGAACAACAUCUGGAGCAUAAACAUGUGCCAGGUGUCCAAGGUAUCCAAGGCAGCCCAGAUGGCCAUCCCCAGUCCGAGGAUCAUUCGACUGUCAAAGCCCAGGACCCCAGCCACUUUGUUGGAUGAGUGGAACCCCAUGCCGAAACCCAAGCCCUAUGUGUCGAACUACAACCGGCUCCUUCACCUGGCCACACCCAAAGCUCUGCCCGACAAGUGUGUCCCUGACCGAGACCCUCGCUGGGUGAUCCCUGACGUCACUAAGAAAGCUGUGGCCAGCCCCCGAUUGCUCUCCCUGGCCCAACCCAAAGUGCGCAAGGAUCUGAAUACAAGCCGAGACCCCUACCAAGUGUCCCCAGCAUCCCUAUUGGCCCAAGCGACCCCGCGGCUCACGGAGCUCGCCACCCCCAAGAGUAUCACCAGGAAAGUCUGAGUGGCUGGUCUGGCCACCUGUGAAGCCCAUUUCCAGUAAACACCCAAGUGCACCCUAA